ACGCUAGUUAGCAUUGCGGUGGGGGGAGAAGCUAACCCCUCGGAGGCACACGUACAACUGUCCGCUCCUCUCGGUCUAUGUGUGCAUCACUUGAUUUUACUGGGGUUAAAAAUCACCUGAGAGACUAAAGCGAAGAACCGGUGUAAGAUGCAGUUCAUGCUGCUUUUCAGCCGUCAGGGAAAGCUGCGGCUGCAGAAAUGGUAUGUGCCUCUGUCCGAUAAGGAGAGGAAGAAGAUCUCCAGAGACCUGGUCCAGACUAUACUGGCUAGGAAACCCAAGAUGUGCAGCUUCUUGGAGUGGAGGGAUCUCAAGAUUGUGUACAAGAGAUAUGCAAGUCUGUAUUUCUGCUGUGCAGUAGAGGAUCAGGACAACGAGCUGAUCACUUUGGAGAUCAUCCACAGAUAUGUGGAGCUGCUGGAUAAAUAUUUUGGCAGCGUGUGUGAGCUGGAUAUUAUCUUCAACUUUGAGAAGGCCUACUUUAUCUUGGACGAGUUCCUGCUGGGCGGAGAGGCUCAGGAGACGUCAAAGAAGAAUGUGCUGAAGGCCAUCGAGCAGGCUGACCUGCUGCAGGAGGAGGCCGAGGCACCACGGAGCGUCUUGGAGGAAAUUGGACUGACAUAAAUCUUGACUCUGCAGCGUCAAGUUCUUCCUCCAACUUAGGUCUGGCAACCUCCACCACUCUAUCCCCCCCCCCAUCUUCUCUCAUUCACUGUGUCAGUGUUGUACGUAUAUAAUCACCACCUCCAUGUACUGUAUUACUCUGUACUGUAUUAUGCUGUAAUGUCCCUUUUUAAAUGUGGUGCCAACUGUGGUUCUUUUGAUGUGUCUCCGUAUUGUGCCAGUUUCCCUUUCGCUGUUUUCUGCUGAGCUAUAAGCAGACACCAUCUUAAAAACUCCACAGAGAGAGAAAUGAAAUGUAGCAACAACAUAAAAUCUUUAGCCUUAUAUUAAGAUCAUUCAUCGUCAGUGAUCGACGCGUUGUUUGUGCUUGUUUGGCUUCAAAGUAUAUGUUUAAAGGUGCUGCUGUCGCUGUGGUCGGUUCUUCUUCCAUAUGUACAAGUAUUCAUGACGUCACAGAGCUAAGCAUUAGACUCGUGAAAAAGGAAACCCUACACCAGUUUAUCCAAUAAGAAAAGAAAGGGGAGGGACCUUAAUGUUGUUGCUGUCCCUCUGCACAGAGGAAACCGUAACCCUCCAAAAGCUCUUAUUUAUGUUCAAACGUUCAAACUAUUCCUCCGGAAAACACAAUAAGAGCUAAAGGACAAAUACAUACAAGGUUAUAAAACUUGCUGAUGAUGAUGUGAUUUAAACACAGCACAGACAUUCCUGUGUUAUAACUUAUGAAACACUGUCCUGCAUGUUUUAGAUGUUGCCCUGCUCCAACACACCUGAUUCAAAUGGUCAGCUGAUAACGAGCUGUUGAUCUGAAUCAGGUGUGCUGGAGCAGGGCUAGACUAUACUUCAAAAUAAAAGCCUGAAAGAACACAGGUUUUAUUCACAGAUUGAACGUUUACAGGAUGUUGUCUUAUGAAGAAAAUUUACUUUCUAAGCAUAGUUUACAUCAUAUAAUCUACAUUGGUAUUGACCUUUAGGUCAUAAGAUGUAUACAAACCCUCACAUCCUUUUUUCUUGCCAUCUGUGCAAUUGCACUAUUUACAUAUUCACCAUUGUUGAUUGGUUUAUUCAGGUUUUAUUCAAAUUAGGGAUGCGCCAAUCCCAUUUUUCAGUCCUGAUACUGAUACCUGGAGAGAAGCGAUGUGCUAAUUUAGCUUGGAUGAGGAAAUCAUGAAAAAUAAGAUACGAGUUAAAAACAGUAUUAAGUGGGGUUUUUUACAAAGAUCUACUGCUUAGCUCUGUGGCUCAAUCACUGUUACUAUUUGUGGCUUCUGUUAUGAGAAACACUGACACUGUUACAAUCACUUUUACAUGGUUACAUUCACUUCAGCAAUUCAAUUAAACACACAAAAAAAUCAGGUUCAUACAUGUUUCUUUUGAUUCCUCUCCAGAAAUUAACAGUUUAAUUCCUUUUUUUUAACCCUUUUUCUAAACAGCAGUUCGUGUGUAAUUAGUGUCAAAGGUGUUUUACGUUUUAUUUUUCUGUCAAAGACAUUGAAGUUUGUCACGGUAUCCGAGGAUACGUCUCCUGUAGUCGCAGGUCAGAAA